AUGAACGCGACGUGCUGCAUCUUGGCUUUGUUGCUCUGCCUCACGCAGGCUAUUUCUGGCUGUUACUGCCAGGGCACACUCAUUGAAGAAAUAGAAAAUCUGAAGAAACAUUUUAACUCAAGUAGCUCAGAUGUCGGGGAUGGAGGGGAACUCUUCUCUGAUAUCUUGAGGAACUGGCAAAAGGACGGUGAUAUAAAAAUCAUUGAGAGCCAGAUUAUCUCCUUCUACUUCAAACUCUUCGAUGCCUUGAAGGACAACCAGGCCAUCCAGGAGAGCAUAGGCACCAUUGAGCAAGACCUGUUAGUUCACUUCUUCAACAGCAGUGAGGAGAAACGGGACGACUUCAUGAAGGUCAUGAAGAUUCCGGUAGAUGACCCGCAGGUCCAGCGCAAAGCUGUCAAUGAACUCCUCGGAGUGAUGUACCGCCUGUCGCCAAAAAAUAGCCUCAGGAAGCGAAAAAGGAGCCGGUGCUGUUUCGGGGGUGGAGCUCGUCCAAAUAAGAAUAACGCUGCCAGCAAAACUAUUUGAAUUUUAAAUCUAAAUCUAUUUAUUAAUAUUUAACAAUUAUUUAUAUGAAAAGUAUAUUUUUAGACUCAUCAACCAAAGAAGUAUUUAUAAUAGCAACUUUUAUGUGAUGAAAAUGAAUUUCUAUUAAUAUAUAUGUUAUUUAUAAUUUCUGUAUCCUCAACUAUGUGACUUGACCGUUUUUCUCUUUCUGACUUAAUUAACCAAGACUGUGUGAUUCAAAGAUUGUAUCUCAGGGGCCAGUCAACCAAUUGACUGAAGUCAGACUGUGGGUGGUAACUGAUUUUUACUUGACAAUGAGGAACACUCACUACAGUGAUGCCGUGAGGCGCUGCUGGCCGGAGAGCGCAUCUACAC